AUGGAGCUGCACGAAAUGAUGGAGGACUCCGUGCCUGCGGCAGAUGAAGACGCGCUGCCCAUGGAUGAAGACGAGGAACUGAUUCCUGGCGUUGGCAGGCAGACCUGUCCCUGGCAGCGCCUGCGGUUGCGUCUGCCAGUGGAAGAAGAUGACGACGCCACGGAUGAAGAUCACGAGGAGGAAGAUGAGGAAGACGAUGGCGGCGCAUGGCCAGCUGGUGAGGGCCACUCUGCCACGCUCGUCGGGUCGCGCUGCUUCAUCUACGGCGGCGUAGAUGACCGCGCAGAGAUGCUGGUGCUGGACAUGACGACCGGCCGCUGGCGUUUCUCCACCGAUGGCCUCGUGGCCCGCGCCUUCCACUCGGCCACGCUCGUGGGCUCCCUCAUCUACAUCUACGGCGGCACCUCAGGGGAUGAGUCGCUGGCGGCCGUGCAUUGCUUCGACACAGAAACGGAGACGUGGAGCGAAGUGGAAGUGGUGGACGGCGGCGAUGGCGACAACAGCACGGUCCCCCCGCCGGCCUUCUUCUUCCACUCGACCACGCUCGUCGACAACCGGCUCCUCGUGUGGGGCGGCACGGGCGGCCACCUGCACUACAACAACCACCUCUACAGCUUCGACCUGGCGACGCACCGGUGGAGCCAGUGCCCCGUGGCCGGCGACCCGCCAUCGCCGCGGGCCAAUCACACCGCGACGCUGGUGGGCAGCGAGGUGUACUUCAUCGGCGGAUUCGAGCUCUCUGUGCGAGGACCGGGCGAUCGGCAGUACUACAAGAAGAAGUACUACGACGACGUCUUCAUCCUCCAUACGGACCGAUCGCCUAUGGCGUGGGAAAAAGCACGCGUGGGCGGUGCUGCCAUCUCGCGCCGCUCCGGUCACAUCGCCGAAUACUUCCCUGAAGCGUUUGGGGAAAAGGAGGCGAUCGUGGUGUUUGGAGGGCGCACGAAGGCGGCCGGGCAGACGUUCGCGCUCAACGACACGUGGAGCCUGUGCCUUCGCCCGCGGCUGCAGUGGGUUGAGCAGAAGUUUGCCGCCGACGAGUCCCUCGCCUCGCCGCAGUCCCUCGCUCUGCCCGCCCUUCCCGCGGCUGCCCUCCUGCCCCUCCCCCGACGAAACCACGCCGGCUGUCGCUUUGGUACCAAGUUGGUGGUGAUCGGGGGCUGGAGCGGGCGCGAGAACUACGGCCAAAGCCUGGCCGACGUGUUCCUCCUCGAGACCAACUACGUGCAAGAGGUGCCCUCGACGUACGCAGCGGACAUGCGCCAGGCCAUGCAGGCCUUCUUCGACGCGCCCCAGUUCAGCGACCUGGUCUUCAUCGUGGGCGACCAGCGCAUCCACGCCCACCGGGCGGUGGUGGCGGCCCGGUGCCCCAAGCUGGCGGCCCAGCUGCGCUGCGGCCUCCGCGAGUCGACGUCGGGCGAGAUCGCCAUCGGCCACCACGCCUACCCGGUCUUCCGCAAGCUCGUCGAGUUUCUGUACACGGACAGGGUCGAAGUGGAGCCCGACGACGCUCUCGACCUCCUGCAGGCCGCCGAUGAGUACAUGCUGGAGCGGCUGAAGGCGCUCUGCGAGGAGGUGGUGGCGGCCGCGGUGGCCGAGGACAACGUGGCCCAGCUCCUCGAGGCCGCCGAGCGCUACGGCGCGCGGCGCCUCCGAUCGGCGUGCGUCUCCCUGGUCGCGGCCCGUCCCCAGCUCCUCACCUCCGCCCCGUUCCUCGCUCUCCCUCCCACGCUCCUGCACGACCUCCGCCUCUUCAUAAAGGCGUCAGUUGAUGUUACAAAGACGGGAGAAGAAGGAGGCAAGCGGUGGGAGUGCGUCUACCUCGUGGUACCUCCGCUCCUGGACCCACCUUCUUCAUCACCCUCUUCUCCUCCUCCUUCAUCUUCGUUGUCGGUCGCGAUCGAGUUCCUUAGCCUCUACGCUGCGCUGGACUCCAGUGCGCCGAGCGGCGACGUGUUCGUGCCCAGGCCUACCGAAAGCAGGGCGGAGACGAGGAUUCGCUACACGAUAGUGUCACCGCCGGUCCAUAUACAAACCUUCCAUGGGACCGUCGCCACCUUUGCGUCGUUCGUGGUCGUCCACGUCAACUUCCGCCACCUCAGCUUCCACUUCAUCGUCAUCGUCAUCGUUGUCCCCAUCAGGCCUGGGAAGACCCUCGCGAGCUGA